AUUGUUAAGAAUGGAGAUGAUUUUAUCAGUGAAUUGUGAUAUUAAAUGAUAAGUCAUUUAAAUUUUAUAUCUUAACUAAAAGUACCAACAGUUUGUAUGUUUGAUUGAGCAAUAAUAUGAAACUAGACUAUUUUUUAAAUUAUUCCAAGGAAUAUUUGGUAACCACAAAUCCAAACUAUAUUUGAUACAGGUAAAAUGGCAUAUAUACCAUACAAUGAACCUACUGCAAAAAAAUGUAUCUCUAACCAUAGGCGGCGCCAGGAAUUUUAUCAGGGGGUGCAUCGUGCAAGUAUACGCUGAUUUAGAAAUAAUGCUUGUGUAAUAAUAAAAGUAAUAAUAAUAAUUGAAUAUGUAAAAAUAUUUUUUCAAAUUGUAUAACGAUACAAAGUUAUUUUAGUUUUUUUUUCAACGGCUACAAUGUAAAGAGGGCUAGUGGCUACGAUUAGAAAAUCCAAAAUUCAAUUGAAGAAUUUGGAAAAAAACCUAGGCGUUUACCUUUAUUAAUUAAAAAAUAUAUAAUAUUAUAAGUAUAAUAAUAAAUAAUAGAAAUGAUGUAAAUAAUUAAACAAAAUAAAACAGAAUCAAAACAAUUCAAUUUUUUUAAUUGAAUUUUCAAAUGUUUUUGAAAAGCCAGGGGGUGCAACUGCACCCCUUUGCGGUGCCCAUGUCCCAAAGACAUUAAAAUGGACAUGAGAAAAGCAGUUUAAUCAAUGGCACAACAUAUAUAAAACAAUUAAUAUAAUGCAGUAGGUAAAUCUUUUUCAAAUACAUAACACAGCACACAACAUUAUGUACUAAAAUAUUUACGAAUUUUAAUCAGUUAACGAUGAAGUAAAGAAACGAAAUCGAUACGGCUGUGUACUAUUUUAAUUACUAUUAAAUGUCGUAUACCUACAUGUAAUUGUAUAUUAUUAUUAACUAUACAUAAUAAAGAAGUAUAACGAGUGACGACCUUGUGAUAAAAAAAAUAAGAAGUCAACUGUGAAUUGUGAUACAGUUUAAAAUAGAAAUACAUAAUAAUGUCUCAGGUGUUUAUACUAAAUAUUAAAGCAGAUACCUAUAAAAAAAUAUAGAUCAGAGAAAUAUUUUUUAAAUUAUGUACAGUGCGAAAUACAAGUACCAUACGUAAAAAUGAAUAUUAUUAAUAUAAUUGAUUAUUUAAUUUGACCGUUUUUACGUUUUCAUAAAGUUGCAAAAUUAAAUAUGUCCCCACAGUAAAGUAAACCAUACAUAAAAUAACAAUUAAAAAUUAAUUAAAAUAUUUUUACUGCUACAGACAUAACGUAGUUUAUAAAAUAUAGACCAUGGAUACUGUGACGGUUCAUUAUUGGCCAACGGAGGCACAGGGCUGCAUAUUGAUACAACCACUUACACUUUUCCUCACCAUCACGCUCAUACUUUCAUCGUGUACAACAUUUUUGUUAUGCACAUCUGUUUGGACUAAUCAUUGGGAAAAUAUGGAUUGGGAUUUUCAAGAAGCAAUUUCGGUUUUGAAAACACAAAAUACGUCGUCAAAAUGGUUCAAUAGCGUAAAUACCGAAUGGCUAGUUAAUGGGAAUGCAUUAAAAAUAACAAUUAAUGCUGCAAAGCCAUCACCGGUAAACAAUGGAGAUGCCUUAUUAGUUUUGGCUACAGCAAAUCAAUACCACCAAACGGAUUUUUACGACAUACAACCACUAUUACACGAAACAGGAGAAACGACUACAGUUAUACUUGUACCAAUGUACGGUGGAAUUUGGACUUUAUGUAUCUCUCUAACAGAAGAUCAGUUAGAACAACUGUAUGAAGAAACAAAUAAUAAAAUGGGAUCCGUGCUACCCAAAUGCGUAAAUUAUUUAGCUGAAGAACCUCCAGAAGAAGAAUAUUUUAAACCGGACUGGCAUCAUAGAAUGCAAAAUAUGUCAAUAUCAUGUGCAUUGGUAUGCAUUAUAAUAGUUGUUACUGCAUCAUUGAUUGGACUUUUUUCUAUUUGCCGUCAUCAAAUUAGUGCUAUGUUAAUCACUGCUGUGAUGUAUUUAUUAGCAGCUACUUUUGGUUUGUUCACAUUGGGAAUAAUGCACAAUAAACAUAAUUCAAGAAAAACUCAUAGCCAGAAUAAUUGCAAUCAAUCACUAGCACUUAUAGAUGGUAUGAUCAAUGCCGGUGGAAAUAUGUGUCAAACAAUGAAGUUUUGGGAACAAUUGUUGACUGCUAGAAUAUACUCACUAGGCUGGAGUGUAAAUAUGGGAUGGAUAGCAGUUAUUUUAUGUAUUUUAACUAGCAUUCUAUGGAUUAUUUUAUCUAAGAUAAUGAGAGUCACCAUAAAAUAGUUCAAAAACUAAAUCUAUAUUCAAAUCACAUAUUAACCAGUUAGUAUUUUUUCUAUGAUACUAACUUAAUAAUAACUCAUCAGUAAGUUUAAUGUAUUUAAACAUUUUUGAUUAUGCAUAAUGCAUUUGCAUCAAUCACAAUUAUUUACUGUUCAUAAUUUUAACAGGUAUACAGAAUGUCCCCUGAGGACACAUUGCGAUAUCUCCUGAGAUAGUAAAUAUAUAUUUAAUCUGUAUUUUUAUUAGACUUGCAGAAACAAGGACUACAUACAUUUUAUUAUUUUUGAAACAA